CGUGAAACCGCGCGUUAUGGAGGACGAGGUUCGUCUCGCCGAGGACGGUGAGUUUGCUCCGCCCGUCGUCGAGGAGGUGUUCGUUCGCGAGGAUGCAUUGACUGUGGAGGCGCUUCAGGGGAAAAGUGGACGAAGGAAGGCGAGGGUGCCGAAGAAAAAGAAAGUCGUCCGCGACGAUGAUGCCGGUGGCGGUGAGGAUGAGAACGAACCGAAAGAAAUGAAGGUACGAAUGGCCGAUGACGACGACGACGAUGAAGGCGAAGAUAGCGUAGAUGAAGAAGAAGAAAAAGAAGACGAUCAUUGCGAAAGGGAUGAGGACGCAGGAAAGUCGGAAGAAGACCAGGUUGAUAAAGGUGAAGAUCUGGCAUUGCAGAUUGAGGGAGACGUUGGCGAAACGAAAGUGACACGCGGAUCAGAUUCGUUGGCUGCCAAAAAGACGGUAGCGCAAGGGAUGAUGGACAUCGCUUUAAUAACGGCAAACGCAAACCAACUGAGAUACAUCCUCGCCUACAACCAAGGGAGCUCGACCUACUACAUAAACGUCGUCCUCCUCUCGGCGUCGCUGAUGCUCCAGGUCUCCGUCGGGCUAUGUCUCGUGUUACGUGGCCGUUUGGACCUGAAGGGCAACUCCGAGAAGUCCCAGGCGAAGAAACUGAACAACUACAUCGUAAUGGGGGUGUUUCUGAUAACGAUAAUUAACGUUUUUAUAGCGAGCUUUACGGUGACAACCGAAUCCAGCUCGUAAACUUUAUUAUAAUGUAAACGUCAGCAAUAAAU